CCUCUCAACGUUCAAUUGGCAACACAGAAACGCGAUAUUUCAGUUCGUUUCUGUAAUCGAGACAAUGAACACAAACAGCGCGAUGGAGCCGCUUCGAGCAGCCAGUGAAGAGGAAAUACGACAACUCAUUCAAAUCUAUGAAAAAAGGCUACCAGAAUCUGUACAAUUCCUGUUGCUGCUGCAAAACAUUUUACGCAUAAAUACAACUGUUGAUGGAUUUGAUCUGGAAGAAGCUUCGCAUAGGUUCCAAAAAACAAUUUACAUUCCUAACAAUGAAUACAUCAAUCAUUUUGCGACGUUCGUAGCCAUCAGUCGGGAAGAGGAUCAAUUUGUAUUGAUAAACACAUUGGAAUAUCCUCCGCUCGUGCUGACUAAUGCGCUUCAGAAAACAAAUUAUAUUAAAUGGGACCAUAAACCAAUGUUUGUAAUUGACGGAAACAAUGCAAUACGUGCGAAGCUCUUUCAUAUAGUCGAAGAGCGCAAAUUGCGUUUAGAAAGUUGGUCAGAAUGCAUAAAUUUCUGGAUGCCACGUGAAGAGGCCGCAAAACUCAGUUUUGUUGUUCCCAACGAAGUAGAGUUAAAGCCAUUACAAAUAGAACAUGGAAAAGUAUUAAACGAAUGGUGGCCUUAUCGAUACAAAGCAUCACAACGUUACAUGGAGUCUGCCAUUAAACAUAAUGGAGGACUCGGUCUGUUUGACAAAACCUCAGGAGAGCUCGUAGCUUGUGUUUUUAAAAAUGAUCAUGACGCUGUGGGGCACUUGUACACUGUUCCCGAUCGUAACAAUAGAGGUUACGGAAGUACGCUUGUCAAAGCAUUAACCAGACAAAUCGCAUUUCAACACAAGCAACAUGUGCAUACGUUCAUCAAUGAAGAAAAUGAUCGAUCAAUACGAUUGUUCGAAAAACUUGGAUUUACAGCAAUAAACCGAACAGAAUGGCUUAUUACAUCCAGCAUACCUGCUAAUUCGGAAUGAUAUGUUUAUUAUAUUAU